GCAGGCGGCGGCGGACGGAACCCUCUCAACGGGCACCACGCUCACGGUGGUGGAGAAGCAGUGGAGGCCGCCUUCGUGGCUUGGCCUGACGUCUCACUGGGGGCGGCGGAACGCGAAGGAUGAGCUGAUGGCGGGCUUCGUUGUUUCCGGCUACUACACCGCGAUCACGAUGGCAGUGUUCACCGACCUCGGCUACUACAAGGCAAACUUCGAGAUGGCGGAGCCGAUGAGCUGGGGCAGCGGAGCCGGCUGCGCGCUGCUGACCGACAAGUGCGUGACGGACGGUGCCACGCUGUACCCUGAUAUGUUCUGCACCGACUCGAGCGACGCCACUCUGCGGUGCACGUCUGAUCGCCAGUCGCUGGGGACCUGCGCAAUUUACCAGGACGAUAACAUCCCACCGGAGUUCCAGUACUUCGCCACCAAGCAGGGCUCCAGGCGAGGGGCCAUGAUGGAGUACUGCCCCUUCAUUGCGCCAAUGAAUGGCACAGGGUGCAUGGAUGGCGACGAGGCCAUCAUGCCUGGGAGCGUUGUUGGCCCGUCCUCGCGCUGCUUGACUGGGGAGAACCUUCGGAUGGGCAGUACGGUUGUUGGUGACGUGUGCGUGCAGUUGAGGUGUGGUGAGGGCACGCUAAGUGUGCGGUACAGGGGCAGCGAGGAGUGGCAUCCCUGUGCACCGGGACAGACGCUGACGCCCCCGGCGCCAUUCACGGCGGGCAGCAUAAGAUGCCCCUUGUUCAGCGACGUCUGCCUCACCAUGUUGAAGCACAGUGAUGCGAGCAGCACCGACGUGGAAAGCCACCCGAAACACCUUGCGAUGAUCAGAAAUAACGAUGGCAGCGCUCUGGCGGUCACUUCUGCGCCGCCUCUUCUCCUUCUCAUUGUGAUCGGCACGGUGAUUGUCGCACCCUGA